AUGGCUUUUAAAAAUGCUCGUCAACUUCGAUCUAUUCCACGUCAACAACGUCAUCAAUUUCGGACAAUGAACAAAAAAGACAUUCAGUUACUUCGUUGUCUUUAUGCUCUUGAUAUCGUAUACAUUUGUUUUACUUUAUUUGCAUCGAUAUUCAAUGUUUAUCUAGCAUCUACACAAGAUCAAAUCCAUACGCCAUUACGAUCGGCUAUUGAAAACUUUCUUAGUCGAAUGGCAUCUUUUAGCUACCAUAUCCCUUUUUGCAUAAGUUUCUUUAUUUUUCUAUUUGUAUCAAAAGCGUUUCGUCAAGAAAUGAAACACUUAAUUUAUAAUAUCUGUGGUAAAGAUCGAACUGGAAUACAUGAACAAGAAAAUAUUCAAUUACAUGAUCGAAGAGACAAUAAAGACUUGAAUAUUGUAGUAAAUGUUGUUAGUACUGUUUAA